UAACGCAUAGUCAUGUACAUCAUAAUGAUAUUGUACAGUCCAAAGUUUUAUAUUUUAAGUAUUUGAACAUUGAACAUAAACAUGAUUUAUUUUAAGGAAUAAAUAUUUAUACAGGCCACCUUACAUGUAUGCUGAUAAUGCAUGCAUCCCUGAAUUUAUUCGUGCUAAAUCAUUUAUUCAUCCAUGCAAAAUCUAUUUUCUACAAUCGAAAGUGUUCAUAUACUUUUAAGAUCAUGGCGGACAAGCAAGUCAAAGUUGCGUUGUGGGGAGUGCCUCGAACGAUGUCGACGGUGUUUACAAAAUGCAUCAGUGCCAUUGACGGGAUUGAAGUCUAUCUGGAGCUUUAUUCGUAUUCUAAAACAGCGAAUGGCGUUUUCAAAUCAGCGACCGGUCGUGACCUGCCAAAGAAUCUGGAAGGGAAUGAGGCGGUAUACGCCGAAGUCGUAGAGGUGUUUAAGAAGGAAACGAAUAGCACUUUGAUACCAAAAAGAAUUUCAUGUUGUGAAAUCAAACGAGAUUUGGAGACCACCAAGAGUAGGUUUGUCUUUAUAAAGGAGAUGGCCUUUACAGAUUAUAUCCUAGAGUAUCUUCCUGAAGGCUUCAAGCAUGUCUUCCUUAUUAGAGAACCAACGAAGGUCUACACGUCUUUCCGGAAAGGACUGAUGGCAUUGGGAAUGUUUAAUCUUAAUGAAGAUGAUGUCGACAUCAUACGCGACGAUAAAACACAAAUACAGCCGAUGUCGUGGUACAAGGAACAGCAUCAGUUGUGGAAUUAUGUCAAAGAAAAUCUCGACCCCAACCCCAUCAUCAUUGACGCUUAUGAUCUAGCCAGGAACCCGCAAGGGAUCUUGAAACGAUUCUGUGAAGCUGUUGGAUUUCCCUACAGUGAUAACCUUCUGCUGUGGUCGCCGAGUCACGAGUUCCCGGAGAACUUCGUGACGGCUGGCGAAAACCUCUUCAAGUCGUUCUCUGUGAUGUAUAAGACGGCAUUCAGCAGCACACAUUUCAUGGCGCCUUCCGUAAAGGGACCAUUACCACGUGAUCAGCUGACAGAUGACGUCAUCCAAUGUGUGGAGUAUUCCAAUCCAUUUUACCAUGAGAUGUACAAGGAAAGAAUGCAAGUCUCUUGAAAAUGCCUUGUUCCUGCUCUGUACAAAUUAAGAGAGCUAGCGCGUGCAGAAACAUUUAUUUGUUUUCCUGCUUGCUUUGUUAAUUUUCAGCGUCCCCCAUGAGGAGUAUAUGUCUACAUUCAGCAAAGUAUAUCCAAAAUAUCACAAUGAUGUCAUUAAGAUGGUUUUAAAGAUAAUGGGAUGAUCCCCUAUGUAUAUAGUAUUCAAAGGUGAAACCAGUUAUCCAAUGUAGGCCUACAUGGUUUCUCGUCCUACGCAAUGCACUAUUUAUAUGAUGAUUUGUGUUGGCAAUUUUUGUUAAUUGUAUGCCUAUUUUCUUUUGAUAUUUUUGGGGGGCUAAAUGUUGCAUUUUGGGCACGAUUUAAUUGUUACAAUGAAAACUGUUACCAAAAAUUACAUAAAAAAGACACUGUAUCAUGCUCUAAAAUGUGAUAACUAAAUGUGUUUUACCAUAUAUUGUUAUGCUUUCAGGUCACAUUCGCUUUUAUUUAUUUAUUUUUUUGAGGGGGGUAUCAGAGUACUCCAAAACUCUUAGGUUUACUUAACAGAUCUGUUUUCUUACUUUUGAAUCUUGUAACCGCAGAUCACCUUUAAAAAUUGAUUUUCAACAUUUCUUAAUAGGUGAUAUUCUAUUGAUUAUCAGUUAUUCAAAUGAUACAUCUUUGUAGUCUAUAAUAGUAAAUUCUUACAAUGUCUUACAUGCAGGUUGUAUGUUAAAGUACAGUUCUGUAUUUUCGCCAACAGAUGAUAUUCCAAAGUAUUAAGCGUAUAGAUAUUGAACGCUCCGGUGAACAGCAAUAAAUAAAAAAACAGACGAUACUUGAAUAUGGCGAAGUGUUUUUCUUUCGAAAUUCCAAGAACUAUAUUUGUGAAUUUAUUUUACGAAUAAUGUAUAGAAUAAUCAGCAAGGGUGAUUUUAAGAGGCGGUGGAAGGGAUCGUUUUAAUGGUCCAGGUAUGGUUUAUUUUCAAUCGGUGUACUGCCAUUUCGUCCAAUUAUCAACUCGUCUUUUAUCAUUUACAUGCGUAUCCCGACACAAGCACCUGGUGCUUUCUAGUUUACGUCUUCUUCCAUGUACAUGAAUUACAUAUUGUGUGUACAUUCAUUGUC